CACAAAGCGCAUCAAUCGUUACCUGCACGUAGAAUUGGGCUCGGGCCCUUCGCGCUGUAGCUGAGUGCUAGUGCGACGCUCGUGCGGCCAAAACUGCCGGCGAACCGGCGUGCAAACACCAUGCACCGUCGAGCAGCGCUCAUCACCGCCAUAGCGGUCGCGUCGGCGCUGAGCGGUGGCAGUGUACCGCAAGGUGUGCGGCGCGUCGCCGUCUCGGACGGCGUGCGACAACCCGAGGUCGACGCGCUGAUCAAUGCCGCCCGCGACUGCGUCGGCGUCUCGUACGCGAGCACACGCAUCGACAAUACCAGACGUUGCGCCUUGUUUGAAUCACUGGACGACAUCGAACCGCUCAUCGAAUACUGGGACGAGAUCGGCGGUGCGCCACUGCUCAUGCUCGCCGACGAUCAAUCAUGGGACGACUCGUGCAAUGUAACGGCGCGAGCUGCGGCUGCCGUCGAUAAAUUCGCGGCCCAGCACGCGUUGCUCAAAUCGUUGUCGACGCGACCGACCGCCGCAAAACACGUUGUAGCGGAAAACGUGGCGAUCGACGGCUCCUACGUGGACCACGGAGGCGACCGAUGGUUCGACACGUCGCGCGUGGCAGCCGUCGACGGCCUCGUUGAUGAGGCGCUCUCCGCGUCGUUGCUGAAGGCGAUGCGCGCCCGACCGGACGGCGUCGACAAGCGCAGCUGGCGACGCGGCGCUCUCAGAGACGUCGUCGACGGCGAGUCUUUGUCGUCAGCCGGUGCGUGCUGGGGCCUCUCGUCGGCGCGCUUGAAAAGCCUCUACGCCUCCGAUGCCGUCAUGGAGCUCCAGAGCCGCAUCGUCGCAUACCUCGAGCGAUGCAACGACGAGGUCCUUGUGAGUGCGCUUCCUGAAGCGGCCCUCGGUGACGCCGUCGGGCCGAUCGCCGCCAACGCACCUGUGCACGGGGACGAGUACGGCUGGCACAUCGACGCGGACCCUAUGUUGCUUCCCCCAGGCCCGUUUACGGAUUUCUUCGGUCGCGCUCCCAACAGAGCGCCUGGCUGUCCUCGAUUCGUCUCCGCCCUCGUCUACCCGGUCCCGGAAUGGCAACCAGACUGGGGCGCACCGACCGAAUUCCUCGACCCGCCGACGGGCGAGACGAUCGCGAUCGAGCCUCGACCGGGCCGCGUCGUGUUUCUGGACCAGGACGUGUCGCACCGCGUUUGCGCGCCGACGGCCGCGGCCUGUUCGCGGCCCCGCUACAGUCUUGUAAUGAAGCUCGUGCUGCACGCACCAGGUGCAGUGGCUCGCUUCGCGCCGGACCCGCCAGACACGGUCGUAGGGUCCGCUAGACCUCCUGCCGACGCUAUCGACGCGAGUUAACCUAGCUUGUUGUAGUACUCCAC